CCUCGAUCAAUAGUCUAUAUGGCAAAGGAUUUGAGAACCCAAGAUCUCUGAAAAAAUUCACAUAUUUUGACCAGCAAAAAUUAGGCCUUAAGAGGAAGCAAGAUGAGGGAGAUAUCAAAUAAAUGAACUAUUAACUGGCCUGCUAAGAAAAAGAAAGAGACUACCAAAAUCAUGGAUGGCUACCAACAGAAAGUAUAUAAGAAUGUCACCACUUUGGAGAGUCUGCAGGGUAAGGAAAUGACAGAACUUGAAAGGAUUGGGCUAAAAAUGGACGAUCUUCUUCUAGAUAAUGACUAUAUUUUCCCUGUUGAGGAUGAGCCUGUUGCUCUUUCUGAUAAAAUUGUCUAUAAAGGUCACUCUAUAUGGAUAAAAAUUCAUUUCCCCAUGAUCAGAGCUUUAAAGAUAGAAAAUGGGCAAUAUAGAACUUUGAAGACGUUGUACAUCGGACAUAACUAUAGAAAAUCUUGAAAAGAGAAAGGAAAAGGCUCAGAGAGUGAUUUUGAAUAUGAGCUCUCUAGUAUGGAAGCAGAAGAGCCUGAUGAUGAAGUACCUAAUAUUGAAUACAUCUUUGAAUACUUGUUUCAUCACUUUCGUAAGAAGUUUGAAGAGUUUGACUUACCCUCAAGCAAGCCUACAAUUGAAUAUUUCCAAAAAGCUCUUAAUCCUGAUUGGAACCUCAAAAGGAAGGAAAAAGAGUUUUAUAGAAGGAGGUUUGUAUCUAAAGAGAAAGUCCUGGAUGAGACAGAAGGCUCUACUUACUGAAUAGAGAUUCAUAAGCCACUUCUUGAAAUAAACAAUGUGAAAAAUAACUAUUCAAUUUUCUCUCAUCCUGAAAUCGGACCGAUUCAGAAACCAGGGGACCAUAUUGCUACCAUAGACUCCGUCUUCAAUUGGAUUUUCGGAGAUGAACAGUACUGGAUGAUCAAGACACUAGAAUACUUCAAGACAUUCUCUCAAUUCGAAAGGAUUCUGGAUGAGACUGGAGUGCUUGAGGAACUUGAGCAUUUCUUCAUCGAAAGAGAAUACUCCAGUGAUAUUACCUCUGAAGAUGAAGAAGAUAUCGUCUCUGUUUCAAACUCUGAUGGUGAAGCGGAAGCAGAACUAGAAGUUCGCAUCGAACAAGAGCAAAAGUUAGAACUUCAACCAGACGACGAAGAAAAUAAAGAACAAAUCGAUGCGGAGAAGACCAAUGGUCAAGAAGAGAAAAAGACACAUCUGGCUGAGGAAGAAAAUGAGCAUAAAGAAGCACAACCAAAGGAGAAUGGUAUUCAGCAAGAUGAGGCUGAAGUUAAAGAUGAAACAACUAAAGAGAAAAAGACCAAAGAGCAUACAGACAUACAGCAAGAAGAUUUAGUAAAUAAGAAAUAGC